AUGGCCAACCCCACCUCACCAACCACACCAAACCACCCUUCUUCGCAACCACCAAUAAUAAAGCUAGCCACCCUCUCCGAUGUCAACGCAGUCUCCUCACUCAUAAACCUGGCUUAUACACCAUAUAUCCCUCGUCUCGGCGGCAAGAAACCAGCCCCCAUGACUGCAGACCAUGCCGCUUGUAUAGCGUCCUCUUCUUUAUAUAUUCUGUGUGCUUCUCCAUCUUCACCCACGUCCACCACUGACACCACAACUCCCAACACCACUGCCUCGGCCUCCACUAUCGUUGGCUGUAUAUCCCUAACCCCCUCCUCUUCCUCUCACGCCCUAGAAAUCAACAAUCUAGCCAUCGCACCCUCCUCCCAAGGAAAAGGCUACGGAAGACUCUUGAUGCAAUUUGCCGAGACCAAAGCAAAGGAAAAGGGAUUAACAAAGACGGAACUGUAUACCAAUGUCAAGAUGGUCGAGAAUCUUGCGCUGUAUAAGAAACUAGGGUAUCAGGAGGUGGGCAGGUGCGAGCAAGAUGGCUUCGAGAGGGUGUUUNUUGUAAAGGAGUUGGUUUAG